CUGGGGUUGGCGCGUGUGCUGCUUGAUCUGCUCGCUAGUCUCAAGUUUUUUUUUUGGUGUGUCGCUGAGCUGUUGUAGUAGGGAUGAUGAUGAUGGCGGAGUUGGUACAGGGACAGGCCUCGGUGGUUCAGCCUGGAACGAAAGCAGAUGGCUUCGCCGACGCUUUACACCGGGCCCGACAGGUAAUUCAUUACAACGAAGAGAAACCAAUUGAUUUCAGACGAGAAACGAACAAAACCAUUCGGCGUGCUGGAGGAGUGCACUUUUUUCUACCAGCGUACACACAGACCCCCCUUUACUCUAAAAACACACUUCUCCCGUAUGCAUAGCUAGCUAACUAGCCACACUAGGUCCAAGUGACUGCAUGGCUGUGCCUGCAGAUUAAGAGAAUGCGGGCCAAAACACGCACAUAAAGUCAAAAGAACAAGCAAAUUAAUCAGGCAAAGCAUGAUUGACGCAACAUAGAAAUCACUUGCAUGAAACUAAGGUGAGGGUAACUUUAAAGCAGGGCAUAAGCAACAAAUUGCAACCUGUUGUAAAGCCACAUAAGUUGAAGCUAGUUAGCACUAGCUAACUAUUUUACCACCACUAGCCUCGACAAGCUACCGGUAUGGUCGUGGCCUAGUUUCGUGGUGAAGCCAGAAUAUCAGCUGAUUUCAGCCACGCGCUGUCAAAAGUUAGCUUGCUAGCAGAAAACGUCAACUCGAUGUGUUAAAUUGCAAACAAUCGCUCAUUUACACUGGAUAAAAUAAGUUGACUAGCGAACUACACCGAUGUAGCCAUGUCAAACAAUUUCAGAAUUCAGUACCUAGUUAACGUUGGCGAGCUGCUAAGCUAUCGAGGGAUUCAGUUUGGUAGCAAAACUAGCUAGCCUCGAUUAUACAAAUUAAGCCAGUUAACAUGCACGGAAAACUAGCUAGCAUUACAACGUCAACAGCUAAUGUUAGCUAGCUAACUUAGUGGAAAAUGUGAUCACUGAACUUUUGUUUGUAGGGUGUCAGCUAGCUAGCUACUGCGUUGCCUAAUAAUAUCGUCACUAAAUAGUAUUGGACGUUAUCACUCAGUAGCUACUAACGUUAGCUAGCUAACGUUAAUGUUACAAUAACGUAACUCCAGUUUUGGAAUUACCUACCGGUAGCUAGUUAUCUAACCUUAUCUAGCUAGUUAGCUAACGAGUUGUAACCUCAUAAUUAUUUAUGCAUUUGUUUAGCUAGCUAACUAGCUACUUCUUGACAUCUCAAAGUACGUCGCUUAUGUCAUUUGGGCAGGUGAUGAACAAAUGCUAGGUACUGUAGUUGAUCAGAAUGUAUUGAUCUGUAACCUCCCAAAACACCUCUGAAUUCGCAAUGCUAUCUCAUUUGUAGACUACAAUAUUACAAUUGACCAUCAAACCACACCUAGCUACAUAGAUACUGCAGUGCAAAUUAUUCAAUUUAAAAUGCCAGUAUCAUGCAUGCAACAUGGUGAAAUUUUCCUGAGCUGACUAUUGUAAUUUAUUAUUUCAGUACAUAGGCUAUUGCACACAGUGAAGGAACCCUUUCAACUGCUCCCCAUUCAUUCCUAGUCAGUGUCUGCACUCAGGGCCGAGUUCUUAUGAAGCCUUGACUCUCAGGGCUAAAACCCACACCUGUUCUCACCUUGUCAUAUUUCCCUGGCCCUGAGACUAAGAAAAUAAUUAGCUGAAAUCCUCUUAACUACAUAUUUUAAAAGCAACUAUUGGUCUUCAUUACCAUAACGGACACAACUCAUAUAUUCAUAAAGUAAUCGCCCUGACAGGCAAAGACACAUUCCUGCGAAUAAACCCAGAUGAGCAUAUGGCAUAAGCACAUGUUUGGGUGCUCUGGUGUCGAUUUCAUAAUGCCUGAGGUCUCUCCCCCACUCUCUCAGCUGUGUGCCCAUGCGCUACAAGCGCGUGUGGCUUUGUACUCAUGCACCACGCUUGUGGGACCCCCUGAUAACCGUGGCACCAUGCUGUCCCUUGCGGCUUCCCUAUAGGUCCCAGGUCUGUGCUUCUGAGAAGAGGAAUAGGACAGCCAUGCCAUUCGGCCAUUUAGCUUUUAUGAACUCCGUAGGGGGAAAAAUACAACUGGACCAGAGACACUGCUUGCCUGUACAGAGACCAAAGAUAUCAAAACACUGUUUCCUAGUGCUGAGCGAUUAGUGCUUUUUGAGGUCAGUUUCGGUUAGAUUUAUAAAAAAAUGAUCACUGUUUUCAGUUUCAAUUAUGUUUUUAAACAUUAAAUGCAUUAUGUGGUUUGAAUGCUAUAAAACAGAAUACAACUAUUCAUACAAUAUGGUAGUGACUGCCCAUUACUGACUGCUUAUAAUUUCCAUGAUUUAUUCACAUUACUUUAAUAAAAUAUUUCAGUUGUGCAUAUUACGUUUGUUUUAUUUGAUGACUUUAUUUAAUUCCAAGUAAUCUCAUCUCUAUAGAGCUGCUGUCUGACAAAAUCACUAUUUUAGUAGUUCUUCAAAGUAAAUAAGGCAUCAUUUUAUGACUGCUGAAUACCAAUUUUCAAUCACUUAGAUAAUGUAUUUUCAGGUAGAUACCUUGCGAAGCAACAGCUCUCUAUUUCUCUCAAUCGUGUUUUUCUGUCUCUUCUCUCCCUGUCUGUGACUGACCCAUACAGACCAGACAAUGGAUGAUGGUCAUUGUAGUUAAUUACCAUGUUUUCUUCGCUAAACUAUGUAGAAUAUUGGCCUAUUGGAAACUACAACUACCUACUACAGCGCACAGUCCUGGCAUGAUCUGAUUUAUCUCAAGAAAACUGCACAUUGAGCGCACAGAAAAACAAAAUUGAAUUCAAAUAAUUUAACAGAUGUAGGUCAAUUAGUUUAAAAAAACUGAAAACACACCUAACCAGAAUUCUGGUUAUUCGCUCAGCACUACUGUUUUCUUAAAGGAGCACACCACCCCAAAAUAGCCCUAGUACGUUAUGUUUUCUGUAGGCCCUGUAUAUCUGUAUCUGGUACUGUGACUGAACAGUAGGCCUACUGUCAUUCAAUGUUGCUGAUGAGUUGCUAAUCUCUCUCUGGUCAAGUAAAUACAUGUAAUUUCUCCUUACAUUUUACAUUUUAGUCAUUUAGCAGACACUCUUAUCCAGAGCGACUUACAGUUAGUGAGUGCAUACAUCAUUUUUAAAUACUGGCCCCCCGUGUGAAUCGAACCCACAACCCUGGCGUUGCAAGCGCAAUGCUCUACCAACUGAGCUACACGGGACGGCUUAAAGGUGCAAUAUGCAGAAAUCACUCUUCCAUUUACUGGUUGCAAAAAUUCUAAUAAUUCGCCUAAUUUCAUUGUACAAUCUAAACCGCUGUGAAAUAUAAUUUCAAUAACCAAAAAUAUUGUAUUUUUAGCUGUUUGAGGCUGGUGGACAAAAACGAAAGUAAGAGGCAAAAACGAAACUUAAGAAUGGGAAUAAUAGAAAAAGCUUUGGGCUGGAUGUGUCAACGUGUAGUUCAUACAUGCAGAAUUACUGUUUUACCUCAAUUAGCCACAAAAUCCCUUGUUUGAAAGUGACUGUUUUUCUGGAGGCUGUGCUGCGCCAUUUUCCCCAACGUGUGCCAGCCCCCUAUCAAUUCGAGUUAAAUCCAAUGAGCUUCAGCCCCUCACCAUUGACAUCUAGCAAGAGGCACAUGAUGCAUCCAGAGCAGAGCGAGUGAGCAAUGACGUGGUACACGUGCACAUAUGUGAUGUAGUACGCAAUUUAUUUUCAGGGACCACUUUUAGCUAUCGCUACUUUCAGAACUACUGGCCAAAAACUAUAGUACCCGGAGAAUCUUUCACUUGUCAAUGUUGUUUUUGAUAUAGCUGCAUAUGUUUGCAAAUGUCAAUGUAGAUAAGUCCUUUAUGUAAAAUAAAGAGUUACUUUUUUUUUUUUUUACUUCAAGAACCUUAACAUCAAUACCAUAGUGUAGUAUGCAGAGAUUGGCUGAAUUACCCCCUGGCAAACAGGCCUCACCAACUUCGAGGGCAUGUUCCCUGAGCAUCAGAAUAUCCUCUGGCAUUUCUUCCCUCGUGGACCUAGCCUGCCCCAAACCCCCUUGAUAGUCGGCAGCAGUUGUUUUGUGAGGACUCUACUAGACUACUAGGCCAGAGGACUAUACUAGUCUACUAGGCCCAAGCCUUUUGCCAGGUAGUUGAUUUAUCAGUGUGCGGCUGACAUACCAUCCCCGACAUUUCCCAGAAAGAAGGUUUAGCUCUAGGGAAGAGGUGGAGCCCUCACUCAGCCCCCUCCGUGGCCCCCUACCCAGUUCAGCCCUAACUGGGAACAGGAGCCAUGUUGGAAAGCUGUUUUUCCCCUCUCACUUUCAGCGGCAGGCAGCUCUGUGGUGGCUCUGAAGUAGAUAAUGAUGCCUGAAGUUGAUGGAAGGCUCUAAUUGUCAGCCUCUAAUUUGUGUCAUUUUAUUUUCAUGUUGCCAACAUUUUCUGAAACUCUAUACUUUUUGAAAGGCUAGAGGUAGUGGCAGAUGAGGGGUUUGGGAGAAACUGGCCUCAUGCUUUUGUGCACCGUUUUGAUUUGAAUGUCAAUCUGCGGAGAAUACAUGUAGUUAAUUGGUGUUGGCAAGGUGCUAAUUUUGGGCGAUGAGUUGCAGGCAGUGUGGCGCUGUUAUAUCUAGUUUCAUAACUAGGUAGUUACUGCCUUUCAAUUGAAUUCAGUUGUAGGGUACUGAGAGUAAAAAAUGGCUCUGUUGACCACUGAAAUUAAAACUUGAAAAGUAGUACUUCGUUUUGGGUAAUAGUUUGACUGGCUAAAUAAAGAUCAAAUAAAACAUUUCUAAUGAUAUAACUAGUUAAAUGAUCUAGGACAGGUUAUGUGCUGCUAUCAGUUUGUUCACUCUACCCCUCCCUCUCUCUACAUCCCUCUUGUCUCCUCAGAUUGCGGCUAAAAUGGGAAGUGACCAGAUGCCCCACAUGAACAACUCCUCUCCAGUCCUAGACCCCUCUCUCUACGGCUACGGAGGCCAGAAGCACUCAAUGGAUGAUGGAGGUAAGCCGGCGGUGGCAGUGCGUCUCUCCCCUCUCCCUCAUGCACCAUACAAAACAAUCUUCCCGUUUAACUUAAGCUAUAACACUUACCCAGUUACAGUAUACUCAACUGGGUACUCUGUAAAUGGCUUUGGGGAAGAGCGCUGCACUCGAGUGUGUCCUUCUGGUUUUUAUGCAAUCUUACCAUACUGUAUGAGGAGUGUAGUACAACACUUAACAAAUAGUGUUGGCUUAAUCAAACCCUGUUGUCUGACGAGCCAUUGCAAACACUUUUAAAUCCACUCCAUAUAUCCGCUGUCUUGAGACCGUAGUGUAGCCAACUGACCUGGAUAACCAGCGACCCCAGAUCAAGAGAUCAGUCGUGACGGCACUACGUAAUGUGAGAGAUCUUGUCACUUGUUUAUGUAUAUUCAAUGUCAUGUAGCCUAGCCUAUUUGUGGAAGGUGUAGGAGCUAGGCAGUAUGUAUGUCCUCUGUAGCUCAAUUGGUAGACCAUGGCGCUUGUAACGCCAGGGUAGUGGGUUCGAUCUCCGGGACAAUCCAUACGUAAAAAUGUAUGCACACAUGACUGUAAGUCGCUUUGGAUAAAAGCGUCUGAUAAAUGGCAUAUUAUAUUAUUAUUAUGUCGAGCAAUGGGGCCCUCUGGAUAGCAGGUCUGUUGCGUUUUGAAUGACAUGGCAUUGUACUAGUAGUGGGCAGGCUAGGAUCUGGGCUGGCCUUGUGUAAAUGGGAGGGGAAAUGUGGAAGUGGGAAGAGUAACCACUAGCCAGGAGGAGUUAGGAAGUGCUCUGACUCUCUGUAGCUCCAUUCAGACAGUCAGAGCUCUCUCAUCCUCGUCCUGUGUUAUUUCAGGGCAGGAUUACUGUCCACCACCACAAAGUAAAUUAACUGUUAGGUCAGAACAGAAGCAGAUCCCUAGUUACAAAGAGGCCAUUGAGGGGAUUUCUCAUUCUAACCCUUCCUCCUCCUGCAGAGCGAUGCUCUAGCUGCGACAGAUAUGAUUGAUUGACACUGGUUGCUUGAUAAACCACAAACUGCAGGUUACAUGCCUCCAAAGCUGUAAGGGAGAGAACGGGCCCAGUGCAGCCAGCAGCAGCAAGUGAACCAGGUUUGUGGUUAGAGGCAAGUCCACCAAGUAGAGAAAAAGGAACUGUGCUUCUAGAAAUGUGGAUAAUGCUGAUUGAGCCCAUAUCAGUUGUUGCUAUUCAUAAACAGAUUCAUUUUUGUAACCAUUGUCGUUAUGGCUACUUUUUGUUAUGCCAAUUAAGUGUAUUUACCGAUUUUAAAACAAUUCAAUAGACAGCACAGCUGAUAUCUGGAUUUUAUUGCAAUUGAGUGAGCCCUACAUUAAGGAACUUGCAUUGGCUUCACGAUCACACUACCAUUACUAUGGCAGUGGUUAUAGGAAAUAGGAAUUGUAAUUCUGAGGUGUUAGUGUGUUUGCCCCAUCUUGCUGCUGAAUCAGUUCAGCAAAUGGGCUGCAGCAGUCCAGCUGCCUUGAAGGAAUUGCAGGGGAUGAGAUGAGACCAGUUCAUGGGGGGGGAAAAGCCUUGAUGUGGAAAAUUACCUUAUUCCAAGCUUACAGGCCCAGUAAAAGCAAGAGCAACAUAAGUCAGCUAAACCUUAUGUAAGGCUUUACUCAUGACUUAACUCCAGCCUCUCCCAGAGGAAGCAGUUCUGUCUGAGCAUUUGAAAUUAGGAUGUUAUAAAAUAGAAAAUGGCUUGACCUAAUCUAAUAAGGGAUUAAGAGGUAUUGUCUGAUGGUCACAAGAGUCAGUGUAAACAUGGUUUACUAUGCAUUUUUGCUUUGAAGCCUUCGAUUUACAUUUCAGCUCAAUUCUGUUUUGUUCUCGUCAUUUGAAGCCUGUCAAACUAGAAAUGUAACUGAAAUGUAUUUUCAUUUUCCAACAUCUGCAUUUUUUUUUGGGCCCUAACGGUGGGUGUUUUUCUGAUUUCAAAUGUACACAGUAUUUUGUCUGCGAACGAAUUCAUGACAUGGCCUAAUACAUGUAUCUAAAGUGUAUAUCUGUCAUUGCUCAUAGUUUUCCCACUCUGUAGGUUAGUAUUUACCUACAUACUACUCACUCAAACAGUCUCUGUUUAGAAGCAUAUGACAAUGGAGCACUCAGUACAUUUGAACUAGCCUAUCUUGUUUACCAACUAAAUGUUUUCAAUUCACCAAGCAGGUUUGGCAAGCUGUCCUUAGUUAUCACAUUAUUAUUUUGUAAGUUGGCGGUUCAUGCUUCUGAAAUUGUAGCUAACCCAUAAGGGUGUGGCUUUGCAGAAUGGUGGAAUGUUUCGUGUGGCUAACCAUAAGCACCCAAAAUGUAGAUUUGGGCAAUUUCAUGUCCAUGAAGCGGAAACUCCAGUCAGUUAUUGUCCUCUUAUCCUGUCAUGGUUUGGUAUAUUUUAGCUCUGAAUGCAUGGCUGAAUACGUUGUGUGCAAUUCUGGUGGAUGUUUGGCUGGCCAAAUCACUUGUUUUCAACAAUUUGCUCUUUCGUUUCUUAAGGUUAACCUCUUAAGGAUCGGACCCUUUUUUUCAAUUUUCGCCAAAUCUAACUGCCUGUAGCUCAGGACCUGAAGCAAGGAUAUGCAUAUUCUUAAUACCAUUUGAAAGAAAACACUGAAGUGUGUGGAAAUGUGAAAUUAAUGUAAAAAAAACAUGCGUUUUCUAUUUGUUUUUGUUCCAUCAUCUUUGAAAUGCAAGAGAGAGGCCACAAUAUAUUGCAGUUUAGGUGCAAUUUAGAUUUUGGCCACUAGAUGGCAGCAGUGUGUGCAAAGUUUCAGAUUGAUCCAGUGAAGCAUUGCAAUACUGGACUAUUUUGUAUCAAGUCUGCCCAAAUGUGCUGAAUUGGUCAAUUGAUACAUUUUCAUGUACAUAACUAUAGAGAACAUACAAAAAUGAUAUGGUAAUAAAAAAUGUAAGUUUACACACUCCCAGGAAUGUCAUACAUGAUGGAUCAUUAGCUUAUACACUAACUUUAACACAUCUAGAUGGCGGAGUGGGUGUGGAGCCAGAGACAGCAGGGGUUCAAACUGUAGAAUCCAGUUCCUACAUUUGAUUAUAAAAAUGGGUUUUAUCAAACAAAACUAGGCUACAUUUUAUCUCUGGGACCCUUAGGAUGACAAAUCAGAGCAAGAUUACUGAAUGUAAGUACAUUAUUUACCUUCAGAGGUGAAUGUAUCAAACCAGUUGCCGUGAUACGUUUUUUGUUGUUGUGCACUCUCCUCAAACAAUAGCAUGCUGUUUUGUCACUGUAAUAGCUACUGUAAAUUGGACAGUGCAGUUAGAUUAACAAGAAUUUAAGCUUUCUGCCCAUAUAACACAUGUCUAUGUCCUGGAAAGUUUGCUGCUACUUACAACAGUCAUGCUAAUCACAUUAGCACACGUUAGCUCAACCGUCCUGUAUACGGGACACCGAUCCCGUAGAGGUUAAGCUACACAAAAUAUGAACAGUCGGCUGUUUUGCUGUAUAAAUAUAUCGGUCAUCCCUGUUAGGUCCUUAAUGGUCAUUUUUAAAUGGUACUAUUUAACACCGUUUACGCUAAGCGCAAGGCCUCUGCAGUGUAAUGUCUGUGAAUUGACACCACAUCAUACACGCUUUAUAUUCAUAGGCAUUUCAUUUCUUUACCUCAAUGCAUUUCCAACAACCAAAUACGUGCAAACGACCGUAAAAUGUAGUGGACCUUGUAGAUAUCAGUUUAUGGUGUUCUGUCAGUAGCACCAUAUCAUUCAGUGACCCUUUAAGUCCACUGCUUAUUGCAACCUGUCAAAAUGCAUGUCUGCGCUGAUAACCAGUGACCCGGGUACUAUCUCUGAACCAUGCACACGCCUCAUUUCCAUAGCAGUGCACACCCCUGCUGUGUGUCAGACAGAGCCAUCUCCAUCUGUUUUUUUAUCCAAUCUACCCGGAGUCACUCCUCUUGGUCCUGCAGCUAAAAUGGUUAUUUUGUAUUUUUGAGUUUUGUAGUGAUUUGGAGUUAAUUUGGUCUCAAGCUAAUUGUUUUUCCCUUUUCUCUUCCCCUUCCUAUUUUCCCAUUCUAUCGUUUCUCAGUAGGUAACCAGCUGGGUGGAAUGGUACAUCAAAGGUGAGACUCGUCUUCUCAAAUGACUAUUUGUAUUGAUGGAUGUGUGAGUAGAUAUUGAUUGAUAGAUCAAUCAGGCUGUGAACCUCACUAUUGCCCCUGUAUCCAGUAGCAUCUCAGAUAUGCCCAUGUCUUGGCCUGUUUGUUCUUCUUGUCAUCAAACUUGGCACAGAAAGAGACUUUCAUUAAUUGAAGAAAUACCUAGUUUGAAGUUUUAAUGUCUCAAAACUGGUCUCAAGUCGAGCGGAGUCCAUGUUGUGUAGAAAUCGACAGGCAUAAAUCCAAAUGAAUGGGAAACAUGGGCGCAACCUAACAAGAUGCAGUGUUUCUCCUAUAUUCAUUUAGCACGCCACUGCUAGUUCAUUGCCGCCACUCCAAAAAAGAUGAUGCAUUUAUUUUAUUUUUGUCGUGACAGUAAAACGUUUUCAGUGUAAACUUAAACGACUCAAACCAGAUAUAAUGUAUGUAGAAAAGAGAAUGGAUCAUCUUUGAGAACGAACAAUCACCAUAAUAAAAACUAGACAGUCAGGGGGAAUCUAAAAUUCAAAAAAUGUCAGUCAGAUAGCAUAAGAACAUGGCAUAAGCCAUUUACUAUUCUGUGUUGCUCUCCACAUCCCCCAAUUCGUCACACCUCUUUGAAGCAGAGGUUCUGUUGUCUUUAGGUCCUGUAGGUCUGAUAUCUGAUUGGAGGUUCACUUUACAGUAAUACUAUUGGUCAACAACUCAGAUUUUUAAUCCAAACAGCUCAAUGUUAUAAAGGGUUUUUGGAUUGUCUUUUGUUCUUGACCUGCUCUGGUGAGAUACUGUACCUACUCUCUCUUUCAGGCCAUGAACACUCUCUCCUCCCCAAGGCCUUUCAGGCCAUGAACACUCUCUGCUCCGCAGGGCCUUUCAGGCCAUGAACACUCUCUCCUCCCCAGGGCCUUUCAGGCCAUGAACACUGUCUCCUCCCCAGGGCCUUUCAGGCCAUGAACACUCUCUCCUCCGCAGGGCCUUUCAGGCCAUGAACACUCUCUCCUCCGCAGGGCCUUUCAGGCCAUGAACACUCUCUCCUCCCCAGGGCCUUUCAGGCCAUGAACACUCUCUCCUCCGCAGGGCCUUUCAGGCCAUGAACACUCUCUCCUCCACAGGGCCUUUCAGGCCAUGAACACUCUCUCCUCCGCAGGGCCUUUCAGGCCAUGAACACUCUCUCCUCCCCAGGGCCUUUCAGGCCAUGAACACUCUCUCCUCCGCAGGGCCUUUCAGGCCAUGAACACUCUCUCCUCCCCAGGGCCUUUCAGGCCAUGAACACUCUCUCCUCCCCAGGGCCUUUCAGGCCAUGAACACUCUCUCCUCCGCAGGGCCUUUCAGGCCAUGAACACUCUCUCCUCCGCAGGGCCUUUCAGGCCAUGAACACUCUCCCUCUCUGGUGCCUACAUUAUUGUCUUAAUGUCAGUAUUGCCUUAUAACUUAAGCUUUAGGCCUUGUAUAAUGUAGUGUUCAUUUUAAAGUUAUUAAAUAAUACUUGUGUUUUGCAUUCGCUUCUCAUGACCAUUUCUUGAUCUUAGUCAGCUAAACGCAUACUUAUUGCAUGUGGCUUUACUAUAAUAUUAGAUGGAGUCAGAUUAAUAAAAUGUAGAUUGUUAAAUAUUAUUUAGCCUUACAUUUUGUCUCAGCCCCAUUUGUAAAAUGAGAUUUGCUUUAAAGCAGCAACAUCGUCAGAGACCGUGCCGUUGGCCACGCCCACUACCAACCCAACCCCCCAACCUCACUCUGUCACUGCUGCUGAGAAUACCCUAGGAGAAACACUGAGAUGUAUCAUUGGGUUGGGGGUGAACUAUCCUUUCAAGCUUUCAUAAGUAUGAUAAUAAAAUCCUAUAAUUUAUAAGUAGGCCGUACUACAUCACAGUAGAUACUGUAUACACCCUUAAUGAUUUUGUACUUGGGCCUCGGUCAUUGAUUGUCGUCUUUGUGUCUUGCAGGGCUAUUAUGACAGAAGACUUCAAAGUGCCUGAUAAGAUGGUUGGAUUCAGUAAGUAAAGCUAUUUAGCUGUUGAUAAUACUCCCACAGACAUUCUAGUGAUUGUCUCCAACUUACAGUACUCACAUUUACUGUUUGGGGUCGUUUUAAACUAACACGGGCUGGGAUAUUGACCUUUUAACUGUUGUAAUUCCCUUCUCACCUCUCACCCACACUCAGUCAUUGGAAGAGGAGGAGAGCAGAUCACGAGAAUUCAGUUGGAGUCAGGCUGCAAGAUCCAGAUUGCUGCAGGUAAGUUCUGCCUAAAGAAGAGACAGUGGCCUGCUAUACUUUAGUCUGUCAUGUCGGUACUUGACUGAGUAGCUACUAAGGUCUGUGAUACCAUUUCCAGGAGGCCCAGAAGCACACCCUGAGUACGAGGCAAGCGCAUGACAUAACCUGCUCAACAGGUUCAGCUUUGAGAAACUGAAGCCUUGUCAAAUCCCGUCUGCGACCAUAUAUACGCCCACAAUUAAUACAUUGAUGUGGCAUUUUGUAGUGAAAUAACCAAUGCGACUUCAUAAACAUUAAUCAAUAAUAAUAAGGUAGCAUUUAGGCUGUUAACAUGGAGGUGUGUAUAAUGUGUCUGGAUAAUGGAACUGUUUGUUGUGUUGUGUAACAGACAGCGGAGGCAUGAUGGACAGGGCCUGCACCCUAACUGGAAGUCCAGAGAACAUUGAGUAAGUUACACCACAUUCCCCUCAGGGACUUGCUACCAAGAUUAUGGCUACAUUGUGAUCAGAUAGAAAUGUAUUGUUGGUCAAGUAGAGUAAGGAAACGUCAGCUCUAUGCCUGACAUUUCUAUCAGCGACGUGGCACUAGAGCUGGGGGAUACGACCAUAUUGGGAUCAAUAGAAAUGUUUUGUGAUAACGGUAAAUCGGCAAUUUAAUUAUGAUAAAUUAUUUGGCGGGGAGGUCAUAUCGCAAUACAGUGUUGUAGUCGAGUCACUAAACCUCGGUCUAGUCCCGUGUUCGAGGUCGAGUCAUGAGUCUCUAUGGCUGAAGUCUGAGUCCCAGUGCUCAAGUCCUGGUCCAAGUGCUCAAGUCCUGGUCCAAGUGCUCACGUCUGAGUCACUGGGUCUGAGUUAAACCAAUAUUAAUGUGGUCAUGAUUGCCAUGCAAUAGCCUAUGAAGCAUAAGUUCUUCACACACAGGCUAACACAUAUUUUAAUAUAAUGUUCAAUAGUUAUGUCAAAUCAGUAAUGAUGUUUUGAAGGGAUGAAUGGUCUCUAUACGUAAUUGGCUAUUGCGACUGUCAGAUUGACCAGAUAAGUAUUUGCAAUAAUUGUGACAGGCUCUCAGCUACUUUUUUGUAAUCACCCGCUGAUAUUUGUGUAGUUUUUUUAUUCCAGAGUGAAAGCUAAAUGGAGACUAGCUAUUGUCCCUCUCCCCUUGAGUAUUAAAAACUAGGCCAUCUUUGAAUUUGAUCUCUCGCUCUACCCUCCCAAUUUCCUCAGACUGCUUUACUCAAUACUAUAGUAUUGAAUUUGCCGAAAUCUUUGUGCAUAUUUGCCUAAAAGCUAUAUUAUUCACCAGCUAAUAAACACUUAGCUAGAUUUUCUAACUCUUCUGAUAUUGUUGCUAUAUAGCAAUGUAGGCUAAUUGAUUAAUCUAUCAGUAAAUGUAGGCUAAUGUCCCACAAAAGCUUUCCAGCGCUAUGCCUAGUGUACGUGAUGUAGGCCUAUUCACUGCAAAUGGCACGCUCGGCUCCGCGAGGGCAUCAAAACCAUACUACACAGCCUACUCCGGUUGUAAAGUGGUGCUAUGAACUCAAUAUUAAGAGGUGAGAAAUACAGAAAGCUGUGACUAUCCUCUAACUAGAACAACAUUGGUUGCUGUAUUUUUCCUGCGUAGCAUUUUGAAGAACGGUCAUAUGCUGAUGCUUCUCAGAAUACAUCUCUCCCUCCUCCGUGUCACAGUGUGGAGAGGGAGUGAGAGUCAGCAGUUGACAGUGAAACUGGGACCGGCAGAUACUUUCAUAGCAAAAUUGCCGAAAAUUACAGACCUAAGCAAAAUGCUUCGGUAAGAGGAAGGCGGUGUUGGUUUAUCUUCCCAGCUCUUCUUGGUGCCUUCUUGAACUCGACCCUAAUCGCCAUCACCAGAUGAAUGUUGUAGUGCUGCUAGUAGGAGGCACCCCCUUACAAUUGCUUCUUGACACUAUUCAAUAUAUCGUUUUUGCACAUGGAGAAACCCACCAUGUAUAGUUUGUAUGCAUGGUCUGGCUGUUUAUGAACAUGGAAUUGAGUGGACUGUGCCCCGCCGCCUCUCCCACCAGGCAGGCCAAGAGGCUGCUGAGCCAGAUUGUGGACCGGUGUCGGAACGGCCCAGGCUUCCACAGCGAGAUGGACGGCAACAGCGCCAUCCAGGAGAUCCUCAUCCCUGCCAGCAAAGUGGGCCUUGUCAUUGGCAAGGGAGGGGACACCAUCAAACAACUGCAGGUAUGGGGCAAGAGAUGCUCGUAGUGGGUUCUGUGGUUGAGGCACACAUGUACUAAGAACAUGCGCGGUCUUAGUGAUAGUUUUUAAGCCGCUAAAUAAAUGUCUUAGGCAACUGUUUUGGGUUAUUGAAGUUAACUACACUAGUUUAGGCAGUUCUUCAAAAGCCUUGGGUGUUAAGAUAUCUACUCGUUAGUGGUUCAUUGUCAACAUGAUUCAACCAUCUCGCUUCCUCUACAUCUGGAAUAGGAAGUUCUGAUUUGUGUUGACCUUGUGGUGUUCCCUGUUUGCGCCCCACAGGAGAGAACAGGAGUGAAGAUGAUCAUGAUCCAGGAUGGCCCCAUGCCCACUGGAGCAGACAAACCCCUGAGAAUCACUGGGGACCCCUACAAAGUGCAGGUCAAUCAGUCCCUCAAACCUGGCUCCCCUCCUUCAUAUCCAUGCUCCACGCCUUCUCAUAUACUAAACAAAAAUAUAAAGGCAACAUGUAUAGUGUUGGUCCCAUGUUUCAUGAGCUGAAAUAAAAUAUCCCAGAAAUGUUCUAUAACAUUUUGUGCGCACAUUUACAUCCCUGUUGGUGAGCAUUUCUCCUUUGCCAAGAUAAUCCAUCCACCUGACAGGUGUGGCGUAUCAAGUAGUUGAUUAAACAGCAUGAUCGUUACCCUUGUGCUGGGGACAAUAAAAGGCCUCUAAAAUGUGCAGUAUUGUCAAAAAAACACCAAUGCGUUUGAAAGAGGCAAGGAGAGAGGAUUCAAGGUAUUAAUCAGCCUUUUUGUAUGUCAGUUAAAAUAUGUUAUAUUUGAACCUUUUCUGUGCUGGUGGCAUGGGUGUUUUGCAGCAAGCACGAGAGCUUGUGGUGGAGAUAAUCCGGGACAAGGACCAGGGAGACUUCCGGGCCGGCAGGGGAGACUUCGGAUCCAGACUGGGGGGAAGUAGCCUGGAUGUGGCAGUCCCCAGGUUUGCUGUGGGCAUCGUCAUUGGCAGGAACGGAGAGAUGAUCAAGAAGAUCCAGAAUGACUCUGGGGUCAGGAUCCAGUUCAAACCAGGUGAGACCGCCCCCCUCUACUAAACGCUUUUUUCGUUGUGCUUGGCUAAUACAAUUGUCAAGGUUAGUGAUGGCCUCAAUCUUCAAUCGAUCUGGAAUCUGUUUGCCUGUCUUGUUCUUCAAUCGACUCACAUGGUGGUCGUAACAACAAAUGAUGUCAUAGAGCAGGGUUCUUCAAAAACACAUCUGUUUUUUAUUUCUACCUGGUAGUUAAUUGCACUCACCUGGUGUCCCAGGUCUGAAUUAGCCCCUGAUUAGAAGGAGAGGAUGAAAAACAGAGGUCUUUCGGCCCUCCAGGACCGGAAUUGAAGAACCCUGUCAUAGAGAAUCUGUGAUGUUCACAGUGAGUCUGUGCCAUGAUUAAACUUCAAAGCGACUUAGUCAUGCAUGCAUACUUUUUACGUAUGGGUGAUCCUGUGACUCGAAACCACUACUCUGGCGUUACAAGCGCCAUGCUCUACCAACUGGGCUACAAAGAACCACAUUUAAUAUUACAGUUCUGACUAGUGUCCCCCUCUCCUUCAGACGAUGGCAUCAGUCCCGACCGGAUUGCCCAGGUGAUGGGCCAGUCUGACCGCUGCCAGCAUGCAGUGCACCUCAUCAACGAGCUGGUCCACACGGCACAGGUACAGGUACAGCACUCAUUCCAUUUUUUUUUUACUUUAAAUGUUUUGCCAUGAAAUAAACAACCCCUUAUGAAAUGUAUCAGAUUGGUUCACUCCUGCCUUACAGUAUUUCUAAGUAAGCUAUGCCCCCCUUAAACUCCUUGUUGCAUGUGUAGCAGUCCUCCCUAGCUGGCUGGCUCCCGGACAGGGCCAGCCUGACCCUGACUCAAGCCUCUCUGGACCCCCUAGCCAUGUGGCUGGGUGGUGGGGGGGACCUCCUCAGACAGGUGUACAGACAGGUAACAGGGCAGUGGGUCUCCACCUCCUCACUAGUUUCUCUGUCACCUGAUCCACUGCCCCUGAGCACAGAACUUACACUGGGUGGGUGAGCCUAGUCUCUGAGGCAUGUCUCCAACCCUGGAGCAUACCGGCUCCCACAUGGUGGCACACUUGGUCAUAUCCCAGGGUUUACUCUUUCUAUCGGGCCCAAGGUGAAAUAAUGCAAGUCACAUGAAUUUGAAGAGAAUGCCUAUCAAUCUGAAGUAUUUAAUUUCUUUAAUUUGACCUCGGACAUUGCUUCACUGUUGAUAUUUGGGGGGAAAUGUUAGAGGGGAAUGUGUCAAAUGUUUGUGCUUUUGGGUGUGCUAUGGUGUCUGUUUAGGAGCCUGUUCUCACGCUCUGGUUCCUCUCUACAGGAGCGGGAUGGCUUUGGGAGUCCCGUGGGGCCCAGAGGCCGGGGCAGAGGCCGCGGAGACUGGAACAUGGGUGCGCCCGGUGGACUGCAGGAGGUGACGUACUCAAUACCUGCCGACAAGUGUGGCCUGGUGAUUGGAAAAGGUGAGAAAGCAAACACGUUGAGUAAAUAAUUUGGGUAGUUUUACGUUUGUUGUUGUUGGUAAUGGGUCUUGACAACCACCAAUCUUUGUCAUCAUUUGGAAGCAUUUGUGAGUGAGCCAAUAACCAAUUUAAAGUCCUACUCCAGUCUCCUUUUCACCCCAUUUAACACCCGAGUUACUUAACAAAGGCACAUCUCAAUAGGUGGUCCAGGUAUGAAAUGGAACAAGAGGGGCGCAUUUACUCGUUGGUUCUAUAUUGUUCCUCAAGCAAGGUGGGAGGCCAAUGACGUCACAUCAGACCAACUCUUUGAAUGCCCUUCUCCUUGAAGUUUUCAGUUGUCAAAAAAAACUAUUUUGCUCAAAACAUAUUUUUUGACCCUUUAGUGUGUGUACUUUACUGUAUGGGAUCUUUUUUCAAAAGGAAAAGUACAAAAUACAUAAACUGAGGACAUCCCCAACUGUGCCUACUCGGGGAAAACCAAGCGUUAAUGCGUAAUUUCGUCUUUCAUUUGAGUCUUUCUUUUACCAGUGGUGUUCAUCACUUAAGAGGCAUACGCAAUUUAUCAAGAACCUUGAUUAUGCCCAAAGUGAAUCAUUGCCAGUCCAUUAGCUUGUGCUUGUUCUCUCGUGAUGAAAUGCCAUUUAAAGUUGCACAAUGAGCCAGUAUGGUGUGGGUCCAGCCACCCCCUCACCCUCCCUUCCCUCCAAUCACCCCUUCACCUCACCCCCUCCCCUGGCUCAUGUAUGCAGCACAAGUGGCAUUCUGUCCCGUCCCUAAGGGCUUAAUGACAGGGAUAAUGCAUGUAAUGUGACAUUAAUUGUUAAAGGUUCAUAAUAACAGCCCUCAAUCACGUGGAAGGUUUCCUGGCAUCUAAUGAGGCCCUUUCAGCUCAAUUGAGUGGAGUGAGGGAAUGAAUGAGAGGAAUUAGCUUAUUGGCCAUUCAUGCUCACUCCAUUGCCAGCUAUUUUAAAAGUCAUUGGCCAUUGCGCUAUGGAGGAGCCCUGAGUGUGUUCCUGUCGUAUGGGUGUGUGUGCUGUGGUGGGCGUGGUUAGAGGGGGGCUCUUUACCUAUGAUAGAAACAAGGCAAUAGAAAUGUCAAGUGGCUUUUGUGAGAUGGGGGGGCAAAUAAACCUGGGCGUUGCGUCCCCCUCCGAACCCCCCCUCCCUGCAUUAGCAUAUGAACUGGUCCAAUAUGGCUGUGGGUCUGGGCCCUGUCAGCCUAGCCUUAGAGACUGAGGUGAUUAAUAUCUUUACGAUGCCUUUAUGCAGCUGCUUGACCCACUGAUUACACCCCCAAAAACACACAGAGCCUGGUAACUUGGGGCUCACGCCACCCACCUACCCAUACAGGGCAUAAAAUGUACUUUUUGGUCCACCAGCCACUGUGGCAGGUAGAUUAAAAAAUCUACCAGCGAGUCAGAUUCUUUACCAGCCAAAUAAUUUUUUCCCCGCUAAAAUAACACCAACAAAACACAAUGGAUGAGCAUGUUUGUAAUGUUUCUAAAACAAUAAAUGCAUUAUUAAUAAGAAGUAUUGUGGUACAUUGUUUAAUUUAAUUUUUUGUGACAGUCUUUUAACCAAAAUAUCACCUGCUCCUUUAAGGGCGGGAGGUUACCGUGGUAGGUAGCGCGACUCUAGUCAUGUUUGUGCUUGUGAUAUUGAGUCUGACGAGUAGAAGCAUUGUCUUCUUUUCCCUAGCAGUUGAAACUCAAACAUAGAAAAACAACCUAGCUUGAGACAAGAACAAUGUAAAUUGCCAAGAAACACAAGGAUAAAAUCUCACCUCAGUAGACUUUUUAGUUUCAAGUAAAUUAGACCAACUUUUAUGCCUGUGCCGCAGCGCUUCUAAAAAUGUCUUUCACUCUGGUCUUUACGUGCGCACAGCCCCCGGCCAGGCAGAGUUGCAGCGCGAGGUGGAAUAGGCUAUAUAGGAUUUGUAGUUCUUCGACUUUGUGCGAUUAAUUGACCAGCUAUUAAACGAAACAGAAAAAUACUUUGAAAGCAGUUACUGCAGCAUUUAUUUUUACCAUAAAUGUGAUCAUACUUGACUUUUUAUUCACAAAUGCGAGUGAAAUGCUCGCACUGUGGAGCCAGGACCACCCGCCAACGUGGCUGGUGUAAUGGGCAUCUUACCCGCCAAUGCCAAAAUCUUCCCGCAGGUGGUGGGUGUUUUAAUUUUAGGCCCUUCACCCAUACUCCCAUGCUUUAUCUUUUCUACUUUAAACGUUUUUGCUUUUUUUUAUUGGGUUGAACUAUACGCCUACUGGUUUUUAGAUGAAAUAUACCAUGGCUUGUACCAAGGCGCAACAGAGGGUUGUGCAUUUUACCCAGUACAUCACUGAGGCUGAGCUUCCUGCCACCCAGGACCUAUAUACCAGGCAGUGUCAGAGGAAGGCCCUAGAAAUUGUCCAAGACUCCAGCCACCCAAGUCAGACUGUUCUCUCUGCUACCUCACGUUAAGCGGUACCGAAGUCUGGAACCAACAGAACCCUGAACAGCUUCUACCCCCAAGCCAUAAGACUGCAAAAUAUUUGUCAUUGUAGCUAUUGGUUAACUAUCUGCAUUGACCCUUUUUUGCAUUGUCUUGACUCAUCACAUACGCUGCUGCUACGGUUUUAUCUAUCCUGUUGCCUAGUCAAUUCAUCCCUACCUAUAUGUACAUAUCUACCUCAAUUACCUCGUACCCCUGCACAUCGACUCAGUACUGGUGCCCUGUGUAUAUAGGCAAGUUAUCGUUAAUCAUUGUGUAUUUAUUCCUUGUGUUAUUUCUUUUUUUUCUCUCUGCAUUGUUGGGAAGGUCUCGUAAGUAAGCGUUUCACUGUUAGUCUACACUUUGUUUACGAAGCAUGUGACAAAUAACAUUUUAUUUAAUUCUCACUAAACUUUAAGCGCCUGGUUGAUGUUCCCAUACUGGUGGCCAACUUGUCUGGGUUCCCUCACCCUUACCCUAAGUCCCUCGCCAGUUGCACUUUGUAUCCCCUCCUUUUUGUCCUGCUUACUAAACCAGUCUCAAUAAUAAGGCCGUAUGAUGUGGUCCCAGCGAGGCCCAGUUCAUGAAAUGAAUAGUGUGGCUCUUCAUUCCCCUCUGCUGUCUGACUGGGGGGACCUCAUAAUGGCUUCAUUAAGGCAGAAGUUUCAUUUGGAUGACAAUGGGUUAAUGGCCCAUGUGUAGUCUAUUGGCAGCAGGGAAGAGGCUACGGGAGGAGGAGAGGUUUGGAUGAGCGUUUUUACUGCGAGGUCAGCUGGGGUCAGCCCAGUGUCAGCCACCAGUGAACAAAUGUGUAAUUGAUGUUGGGACAGCCCCCUCGCUCCUUUCACUGGGAUGGCAGGAGGGGGGAGAGGGGUUGUAAUUGUAUCCCCCCUCCCCUCGCCACACAACGCAACAUGGAGUCGGGAAAGCAAAAGGAGACUAACGACAUCCCAGAAAGAGGAUACGCUUUAAUUUGUCUCUUUUCUCCCCCAAGUUUCAUUUCUUCCUGCUGGUUUAAUUGCUCUCCUUCACGUCAGAAAGCUGCCGUCUGAUUCGUCAGCGUGGGGGAGGAAGUGUUGUCGUCCUUUUGUCUCUGAUUAGCACGGAUGUUAAAAUAGAGUGGGGAUGAAGGUGUAGGUAUCACUACCACUAAUCCCCAGUCGGAUGAGUUUAGCUAUGUGUGGUGAAGCCUAGAGGAUAGAAUCAGACAGCAGAGGAAGCACUGUGUUGGUGGUUUUACUAACUGAUUGAUUGGAGGUCAAAUUUAAACUUGCUCACUUGUUGCUGACUCAGGUUGUGAAUUUCCUCUUCCCUAAAGGUGGAGAAACCAUCAAGAACAUCAACCAGCAGUCCGGAGCGCAUGUGGAGCUGCAGAGAAACCCGCCGCCUAACACCGACCCCAACGUGCGCAUCUUCUCCAUCCGCGGCACCCCCCAACAGAUGGAGAUGGCCCGCCAGCUGAUCGAUGAGAAGAUUGGGGUAGGUGGUCCUUUUUAUUCCCCCCCAAAAAGCUAUUGUCUGGCCUGAUAUUCAUGAGGGCACAUGUCAAAGGGGGGUGCAACUGGUUCUUGUGGCCCUACCGUCCACCAGUAUGUCACCCGGGGUUAAACAUGAAGAAUCCAUCAAAUGGACUUAAUGGAGUGCGUCAGCAGCCAGCGCUGCCCUUUGGCCUUGCCUGUUCACCCCCCGUUUAACCACAAGUGUGGUCUCUCCGGUCCUUUCUCGCUCUCUCGUCUAGGCCUCAGGAAUGGGGGGCAACAGCAGUUUUGGUCUGAACCCCUUCGGCCAAGGACCAGCUACCCCUCAUCAGAAGUGAGUAGCUUCUUGGUCCCCCCACCUUUUACCACUGUUACAUUUGUCUAACUUGCCUUCAUCUACCUUCCCGGCUGAUACUUACACUGACCAAAAUAUGAAAACAAUGAUUUAACAAUUCCCAUGCUAAAACAAUUAAUAUAAAUACAGUGGGGAGAACAAGUAUUUGAUACACUGCCGAUUUUGCAGGUUUUCCUACUUACAAAGCAUGUAGAGGUCUGUAUCAUAGGUACACUUCAACUGUGAGAGACGGAAUCUAAAACAAAAAUCCAGAAAAUCACAUUGUAUGAUUUUUAAGUAAUUAAUUUGCAUUUUAUUGCAUGACAUAAGUAUUUGAUACAUCAGAAAAGCAGAACUUAAUAUUUGGUACAGAAACCUUUGUUUGCAAUUACAGAGAUCAUAUGUUUCCUGUAGGUCUUGACCAGGUUUGCGCACACUGUAGCAGGGAUUUUGGCCCACUCCUCCAUACAGACCUUCUCCAGAUCCAUCAGGUUUCGGGGCUGUCGUUGGCAAUACGGACUCCCUCCAAAGAUUUUCUAUUGGGUUCAGAUCUGGAGACUGGCUAGGCCACUCCAGGACCUUGAGAUGCUUCUUACGGAGCCACUUCUUAGUUGCCCUGGCUGUGUGUUUCGGGUCGUUGUCAUGCUGGAAGACCCAGCCAAGACCCAUCUUCAAUGCUCUUACUGAGGGAAGGAAGUUGUUGGCCAAGAUCUCGCGAUACAUGGCCCCAUCCAUCCUCCCCUCAAUACGGUGCAGUCGUCCUGUCCCCUUUGCAGAAAAGUAUCCCCAAAGAAUGAUGUUUCCACCUCCAUGCUUCACAGUUGGGAUGGUGUUCUUGGGGUUGUACUCAUCCUUCUUCUUCCUCCAAACACGGCAAGUGGAGUUUAGACCAAAAAGCUAUAUUUUUGUCUCAUCAGACCACAUGACCUUCUCCCAUUCCUCCUCUGGAUCAUCCAGAUGGUAAUUGGCAAACUUCAGACGGGCCUGGACAUGCGCUGGCUUGAGCAGGGGGACCUUGCGUGCGCUGCAGGAUUUUAAUCCAUGACGGCGUAGUGUGUUACUAAUGGUUUUCUUUGAGACUGUGGUCCCAGCUCUCUUCAGGUCAUUGACCAGGUCCUGCCGUGUAGUUCUGGGCUGAUCGCUCACCUUCCUCAUGAUCAUUGAUGCCCCACGAGGUGAGAUCUUGCAUGGAGCCCCAGACCGAGGGUGAUUGACCGUCAUCUUGAACUUCUUCCAUUUUCUAAUAAUUGUGCCAACAGUUGUUGCCUUCUCACCAAGCUGCUUGCCUAUUGUCCUGUAGCCCAUCCCAGCCUUGUGCAGGUCUACAAUUUUAUCCCUGAUGUCCUUACACAGCUCUCUGGUCUUGGCCAUUGUGGAGAGGUUGGAGUCUGUUUGAUUGAGUGUGUGGACAGGUGUCUUUUAUACAGGUAACGAGUUCAAACAGGUGCAGUUAAUACAGGUAAUGAGUGGAGAACAGGAGGGCUUCUUAAAGAAAAACUAACAGGUCUGUGAGAGCCGGAAUUCUUAUUGGUUGGUAGGUGAUCAAAUACUUAUGUCAUGCAAUAAAAUGCAAAUUAAUUACUUAAAUCAUGCAAUGUGAUUUUCUGGAUUUUUGUUUUAGAUUCAGUCUCUCACAGUUGAAGUGUACUUAUGAUAAAAAUUACAGACCUCUACAUGCUUUGUAAGUAGGAAAACCUGCAAAAUCGGCAGUGUAUCAAAUACUUGUUCUCCCCACUGUAUAAACCGUGACCGUAGGUCUCUUAAACUGUCUAACAUGCAUAUCUCUUUGUUUUGUGGUGGUAGUGGACCCCAGACAUUCCUGGCAGGAGGAUGGGGCACAACAUAUCAGACAUGGCAGCCUCAGGGCCAGCAGGACCCCAGUAAGUCAGUUAGGGUCAGGGUGGGAUACCCAUAACACUUAACACUGAUAUCGGUCUGCAAUUUCACUACAAUUCCUUGAUUAUAUAAGGAGCCCAUGCAAUCAUCAAAAUAAUGCCAGGCUUAUCAGUCCCUCCCCAGAGAAAUGAAAGAAGGCAAAGAGGUGGAAGGAGGACUAAAACUAGCUAUGUCUUAUGCUCUCUGCUCUGCUUACUGAGCUGACUGAAGCAACACAAUGUUAUUUCUCUAAAAAGUAUUUGCCAGUUGAACAGCAAGUUCGUAGGACACAGGGAAUUGGAGAGAUUAAAGACUUAAGGCUGGUUUUGGCGCUGCUGCAGUGCAUUUAAAUACAACUGAAGAGUGGGGCAGGGUAGUUCUCGCAUUCAAAAUGUGACUAACCGUCCAGAUAUGGGCUGACAUUUUUUUUGUUUCUCUAUUCUGGGAGAUGUCAAAUGGGGAAGAAACUUUUCAAAGCCAAUUUUCACUCCAUGGAUGUUCUAGUUAGGGUUUAGGAUAGGUUCGGGUAGGUGCCACAAGCCAUAGGACACAGCGGGCCAUGUCUGGAUGGUAUCCCUCAGCCUCCAUUGAAAGACUGUCAUGCAGUAACUCUGUCCUCCAACAGUGUUAUCUGUCUGGUUGCAGGUCUCAAUGGAUCCCAGACCGGCCAGAUGGAUUAUUCCAAAGCAUGGGAGCCAUAUUAUAAAAAGAUAGGCAAGUGUCAGUCUUCUGGGGGAGAACAGAGAAGGGAGCUCAAUAUUAACAUUGUGUACUACCCCUUCUCGCUUGUGUAACACCUCCACUAAGUCUGUCUCAUUGAUCCUAGCCCCAUGUACUCUGUAAUAUGUUAUUUUGUGAGGGCAUUGUACUGAAGCUCAUAGUCUCAUAAUACUUUUAAUAGAAGCAAGUGCUGACUGAGCCUUUCUCUUGGUUUGGACUGGCUUCCUUGUUGGUUUGGGUGGCCUAGCAACAGUUGGCCCCUACUGGUGACCCAUCUGUCAAAUGUAUAUCUGUCUGCAACCGUUCUCCCCUUUCUCCCUUGCUGGGAAUGUCCACAAGCGCCUGUGCGCAGUAUACACCUCGGAACCAGACAUCAAACCUUCCCUCUGCCCUUGUUUAAAGAUGUUGCAUGCAAAGAAACUGUGUAUGGGCAGAAAUGUCAUGACACCUUGACACCAUUUGACUGCGAUGAUUUGAAGUCAGAAGUUUACCAUUUUGGUUACAUGUUUGUGCAGCUGGAUUGCUUAGUGUAUCAACGCCAUUUCAAAGGUGUAACGUGAGCAGAUUCUUGAUUUUAUCAGCCAUGUAGAUUAGCUUUUGUUUGAAUAACUGAAUAUAUUUUAAAUUGAAUUUAUGGAGCCAAACAUAUUAAUUGGGGAGAUCUUGGUAGCCCGUUUGGUGUGUAUUGUAUUGACUCAUCCUUGUUUUAUAUUGUGCACAGGUCAGCAGAGCCAAGCCCAGAGCAGUGGCCCUGACUACAGCAAAGCAUGGGAGGAUUACUACAAGAAACAGAGUAAGACUACACCCACAUGGCCACCAAACUCCUCCAAUAGACUUGCCUUUUUGAGUGCAUAACAUCAGAGGAAGUAGAUAUCUGCUCACUGUUUGAUGCUGUCAGUAGUGCUCUAUGCUCUGGUGCCUCCCUCUCCCCUGACCUUCCUCUGUCCCACCCAUUCCGCUUCCCUGUACUCACCCUCUCCCCAGGCCAGUCAGCAGGCCCCGGCUCCCAGCAGAGCUCCCCUCCGGACUACAGUGCUGCCUGGGUGGAGUAUUACAGACAGCAGGGGGCCUACUAUGGCCAGGGUGCACAGCAGACACAGGCCCCAGGCCUUCAGGUAAGAACCCAACCCAACUCUUCGCACCCUCUCCACCCCACUUCCCCCCUGAGGGCUGUUAGUGCCCAGCGUGGUACUUCAGGAAUGUUUAAAAUGUUGCUGAAGGCAUAGUUUCAUUCAAGUACGGAAGUUUGAGUUGCAUGAAAUUGCAUGAAAUGUCCCAUGUAAAAGCCAUUCUGGCAUCAAUUAUGGUGUUGGUAGAUGCGUUUAACUAUGUUUCUGUAAGGAGAUGUACUGUAACUUGUAUAUAAUAUAAUAAUAUGCCAUUUAGCAGACGCUUUUAUCCAAAGCGACUUACAGUCAUGUGUGCAUACAUUUUUACGUAUGGGUACAUUGUAAAUGUAUGUCUGUCCAUUGUCACUGAUGUGAACCUGUUUUGCAGGAUCAUUAGAGAGGACACCCUUUAGUUGAAGAUUUUUGAAUCACUGAGAGGAUGAAAACAAACCUUUUGUAACAGAGGUUUCUAGAUUUGCAACGCCUUGAAGACUUUUACUUUUUUCUUAGUGAGAAACACUAGCUGUAGAAUGACUUAUACAAUAAAUAAAUAAAAAGAAUAUUUCUAAAUCAGGAACAUUUAAUUGUUACUAAAUACUUGUGUACACCAUUAUUUUGAAUGGACAAUUUCCGGGAUCCUUUUUGGAUUUAUGAGAGAGCUGUUUUGUUUUCUAGUUUUUCGUUUUUGAUUCAAAUUACAUUGCCAAAACGAACCCCGGAGUUGUAACAUUUCAGUAAACGCAAUAUAAUCUAUUUUUUCUAGUUCUGUUGCAAUAAAAUCGCAAUUAUGUGCUUAGCAGUCUUGAAUAAAUUUUUGUUUUGUCAUAAGAUGUUUUAAGAAUGUGUAAAAAUGUUUCUUUUCCUUUUACAAAAAGCAUUUUAAUUCAGUGAGAUGAAACUGUGAUAUUUUGUUACAGGAAAAUGUAUAAUUUUGUUGCAAAAUACGAGUGAUGUUGGCAAAUGGCAGUCAAUUCCUAAUUUAAUUCCUGUUGUGCUUUGUAUUGUUUUUCAUUGUCUUUUAUUGUACUCUGGUUUAAAAAAGGUGCAAUAUCUUAUUUCAUUUUUGAAACAAAGAUGGAUUCGCUAAUAUUUUGACAGGCGUUUAACUUGUAGUUCUUAGAUGAAUUUUUUUUAGGCAUAUGAAAAUGUAAUGAAUAAUUUUUUAUUACAAUGAUCUGAUAUGGGAAAAGGGGAUGUUGCAUUUUGUGAGUUUUUUUGCCUUUGCUAUCUUGUAAAACUAUGUAUGUAUGCUCAGAUACUUGACUAAAUACUUUAUUUAAAAAAAUAUAUAUAAUUAAAUCAAAAGUUUUUUUUCAUGGAGUCAUUAUCACAGGAAAACUGUCCCUGUUUUUCUGUUCUGUUUUCAUACUGAAAAUGUUCAAAGAUCGUGAAUGUGUAAUUUGAAAUGUGAUGUUGCAUCUUGCUAUGGACAAAAAUGAGAAAUGCUAGGUUUUUAUGUAUGUUUUGUACCUAAAUAAUUCAAGACUGCUAAGCCUCUGGAUUCUACCUGUGUAAUAAUUAAUUGUAGUUUUUUAUAUGCUAAGUAUUACGAUCAAAAUUGUCUUAUUUGGUACCACCCAGUUUCCCUAAUGCCCCAUCCAGUACACACUGUGGACUCGUGCACAGUCCAAUGCUAAAAACUUUUUAAUUCAUUAUUUUUCUUUCUACUUUGUGUGAUCUAAUAUAUGUAUGAUUGAUUUAGUUACGAAAUGAAUCUAGUAUUAACUUCAUUGCUUAAUGAAAAGGGAUAUUAUAAUUUCGAAAUGUUUAAUUUUAGUGUUUUUUCCUCAUGUGUACAGGUAACCGUGUAUUAA